AUGAGUGCUAAACCUCAAGAGAAGAAGAAACAAAUUGACCCAGUCAAAUCAUUCAUAGCUGGUGGUACAGCUGGUGCAGUUGAAGGUGUAAUCACAUACCCUUUUGAAUUUGCCAAAACUAGACUACAACUAAUUGACAAAUCAUCCAAAGCAUCCCGUAAUCCAUUAGUGCUCAUCUACAACACUGCCAAAACACAAGGUGUUUCCUCAUUAUAUACAGGUUGUCCAGCUUUUGUUGUUGGUAAUACGGUCAAGGCAAGUGUAAGAUUCUUGGGGUUUGACUCCAUCAAAAAACUAUUGGCUGAUAAAGAUGGGAAAUUAUCAGGUCCAAGAGGUGUUUUAGCAGGGCUUGGUGCUGGGUUAUUAGAAUCAGUUGUAGCUGUUACACCAUUUGAAGCUAUCAAGACUGCUUUGAUUGAUGAUAAACAAGCCAAAAUCCCUAUAUAUGGGUCUGGUGUCAUGACUCCAUUUAGAUGUGUUAAAGAUUUGGGAUUAAAAGGUUUAUAUUCAGGUAUUCUACCUGUUUCAUUAAGACAAGCCUCAAAUCAAGCUGUUAGAUUAGGUUGUUAUAAUAAGAUCAAGUCAGCUAUACAAUCAGCAUCGGGGACACCUCCAGAUCAACCAUUAAGUUCUGUGAUGACUUUUAUUGUCGGUGCCUUUUCAGGUAUUGUGACAGUUUACACAACAAUGCCAAUUGAUACUGUCAAGACAAGAAUGCAAGCUUUAGGUGCUGCUAAAAAAUAUUCAAGUACUAUAAAUUGUUUUACUACAAUUUUCAAAGAGGAAGGUUUGAAAACUUUUUGGAAAGGUGCUACUCCAAGAUUAGGUAGAUUGAUCUUGAGUGGUGGUAUUGUUUUCACAAUUUAUGAAAAAGUAUUAGUUGUAUUGGGUUAA